GUUUUGCUAUUGCACGCACGCGCAGCCGUUUUUAGACUAUAGUUAGGCGCAAUGCAGACCAUGCAGCGUUGCCAUGGCCGCUGUGCUACUGGCCGCGUAGUGCCUGUGGUCGGUCCGGUCCCGGCCCUGCGCGGCGUGCAGCAGCGCAGCCUGCCAGCUGCAGCAACCGCUAGCGCAGUGACCAGUCCCAACACUAAGUUGCCAGCGUCCCACCUGGAGAGCAGCAAGAAGGCGCUUGAGCAGCUGAAGCAGCAGGCCGUCAAUCGCUAUGCUGGUGAGAAGAAGAGCAGCAUUAUCUCUAUUGGCCUUACCAUCCAUAAUGCUCCGGUCGAGCUUCGUGAGAAGCUUGCCGUUCCCGAGGCCGAGUGGCCCCGUGCUAUUGAGGAGCUUUGCCAGUAUCCACACAUCGAGGAAGCGGCCGUGCUUUCAACCUGCAACCGCAUGGAGCUUUAUGUUGUGGGUCUCUCUUGGCACCGCGGCGUUCGCGAGGUCGAGGAGUGGCUUUCGCGCACCAGUGGAGUACCUCUUGAGGAGUUGCGCCCAUACCUGUUUCUGCUUCGCGAUCGCGACGCCACGCACCAUCUGAUGCGCGUCGCUGGCGGUCUCGAUUCGCUGGUCAUGGGCGAGGGCCAAAUUCUGGCGCAGGUCCGCCAGGUCUACAAGGUUGGCCAAAACAGCCCUGGCUUUGGCCGUCACCUGAACGGCCUCUUCAAGCAGGCUAUCACAGCCGGCAAGCGUGUGCGUGCGGAGACAUCCAUCAGCACCGGCAGCGUGUCCGUCAGCAGCGCCGCAGUGGAGCUCGCUCAGCUCAAGCUGCCCACCCACAACUGGUCCGAUGCCAAGGUCUGCAUCAUCGGCGCCGGCAAGAUGUCCACGUUGCUUGUCAAGCACCUGCAGUCCAAGGGCUGCAAGGAGGUCACCGUCCUCAACCGCAGCCUGCCGCGCGCCCAAGCCCUGGCUGAGGAGUUCCCUGAAGUCAAGUUCAACAUCCACCUCAUGCCCGACCUCAUGGCCUGCGUGGAGGCUUCCGACGUCAUCUUCGCAGCCUCCGGCAGCGAGGAGCUCCUCAUUUACAAGGAGGACGUUGUCAAGAUGUGCGCGCCUAGCGAGAUUGUGGGCUCCAAGCGCCGCUUUGUUGACAUCUCCGUCCCCCGCAACAUCGCGCCAGCCAUCAACGAGCUCGAGCACGCCAUCGUCUACAACGUGGAUGACCUUAAGGAGGUGGUUGCGGCCAACAAGGAAGGCCGCGCGCAAGCCGCCGCGGAGGCUGAGGUUCUCAUCCGGGAGGAGCAGCGCGCUUUUGAGGCCUGGCGCGACUCCCUGGAGACCGUACCCACCAUCAAGGCACUUCGCAGCAAGGCGGAGGCCAUUCGCGCCGCGGAAUUUGAAAAGGCGGUUAGCCGGCUUGGCGAGGGGCUUAGCAAGAAGCAGCUCAAGGCGGUGGAGGAGCUGAGCAAGGGCAUUGUGAACAAGCUGCUUCACGGGCCCAUGACGGCGCUGCGCUGCGAUGGUACGGAUCCGGAGGCGGUGGGGCAGACGCUAGCCAACAUGGAGGCGCUGGAGCGGAUGUUCCAGCUGUCGGAGGUGGAUGUGUCGGCCAUGAUGGCCAGCGGCGGGAAGCAGUGAGCAGGCGGGGAGAAGGGCGGAUGGGUGGGAAGGAGGCAUGGCAGGCGGGAGUCGUGGCGCGGAGCUGAAGCAGCAUUGGCUGGCGGUGCUGACGACCGCGCCGUUGGUGCUGAUGGCGGCUUGGUGUGGGUUGCGGAAGGGUGGUUUAGAGGUGGGGCAAAGUUACUGGGUUUAGUGUGGGUAAGGGCGAGGGAACUGUUGCUUGGGAGCAAAGCGUAUGGGCAUCAGGGGUGCUUGGGGUUGUUGUUGCGGUGGUGUUGGUGUGGGCGGCAGACAGGUUUUGGACGGCGCUUGGAGGGGCAUGUGCUCCCGGGUGCCCAUGCAUGCUGUCUGCCGGCGCUUCUUGCCGUCUGCAUGCGCACGCAUUCGCUAGCACGACUGCACCACACAACUCGGUCCCCCUCGCCAUCAUGCCUACUCGGCCUUGCACUUUGCUGCUGCUGUCGUUGCUGCUACUGCUACUGCGGAUAUAGGAGAUGUGGCCUAGGCUUGUUUGCUGGCCCAGAUAAGGUCACCAGCUACCGCUCUUGGCUGGCUGUGAACGUGUGCUGUUUGUGUGGCUCUACCUGAAUGCAAUGUUUGAUUUUCACAUCCUGCUCUGCCCCGCCCUGCCAUUCCCCACCGCUUGGGUGAUACAAGCAGAGCGUGUGGCAAUUGUACUAUAGAACUGGCAUGCACGCGUGUGCGCGGUUGUGUGCGGUGUUGCGUGUCUCUUUUUCAGUUUCGAGAAGACGACUGGCUGCGCGAUGUGUCUUUGUCUGUGCUCCUGUGGUUGCUAGGCUGUGGGGUGGUUGGUGAGCCUUGUCGUCAAUCCGACUGCUGCUGUGCUGCUGCUGGUCGAGGGGGAGUUCUCCGUAGGCCCUCUUGGGGAUGGCACAGGCGAUUUUGGGUUCCGCGACAAAGGGGCAUUCGUCUCGGGCUCCUCUGCUUGGAGGUGGGUAUCUCGGCGCGUGCGUCGGACCCUUACGGUAUAAAGAGGGCGACGUCCCGGUUGCCUUCGUGACGAGGUGUGGAGUCCUCCUCCUCGUCUCCAGCCUUGAGCUCGUUUUGCUUGGUGUGCUUGUCCGGUGCUGGAGUGUGUGUGUGUGUAUAUAACGAGCCGUGGAAUAAAGCAUGACGGCAUGUCACCCGCGCAUGGGCGGGCAGGGGAGGUGUAGGAGGGGCAAAGGGGACGGGGUUUCUGCAGGGGUGGCGUGUGGCUUGUUGUCGCCAUGUGCAAGUGCUAGCCGGGCGAGGGAGCGUACGCACGUCACAGGCUGGUCGAAAGAGAAAGGGGGCGAAUACCCGUUGAGAGGGGCUGUUGGGGCAGCAGGGGUGCAGGCGUUUGUGAUGCAGCUGUUUCUGUUUCGCUUAGUGUGCUAUGUCUGCCUGAUGAACUGAGUCAGUUCCUAGGUGUGUGUCGGCGAUGAAGUUAGGAAGAAGGGUUUCUUCCUCGGCACUGCUUGAAGGAGGCUGCUAGACGGCUAGGAGUGUGCGCAUUAGGAGGGAGGGAGAGCACAAAGGGACGGCCCCUGGAAGAGAGUGAGAAAUGAAUGGGGUGCAUGAUGUUGGGUUGAUGGAUUGGGUUGGGUUGGAUUGCAGACUUCGCAGUGCAGUCGCAAUAUAUGUACCAGUUAUAGCUUUACGUGAACUGACGAUCUGCUCAUUGCGGAUAGGGGUUGGUCGCUAGAGUGCGCCGGCGUGUGCUUUUGGCUGUCGUCGUUUUGGGUGCCUCUUCGACCGUCCAGGAGAGGCCUGUUAGGCCCGUUUUGGCCCCAUGGCAUGAUGCCUGCAGCUUGCUGCCAGUGCUUGUGGGUAAUAGGACAAAACACUGCUGGCAACCAAAUUUUGCUUUGGCGGGGUCAAUAGAGAUGCAUGUCAAACCCCGUUUUUGCUGCUUUGCGGUGUGUUUGCGAGUCUGCGGGCGCGAUUUGAUUAUCAAGAUGGAUUUAACAUCGGUCAUGUCAUGUAAGGCAAGAACGAUGGAGAGGUGUGCC